AUGCCCCUGGGAUCACAAUUCCAGGCGGCAACUACUGAAUUCUGGUCUUACAUCUUCAAAGAGAAGAUCUUUGUUGGACCUGACUUUAGCAUUGCUCCUGAAUCUCCUCCCACGGAAGACGACCUCUCAGACAGGAGGAGAGUUGACCUGGUCGUCAAGAAGUGGCGACCUAGUCGAGGACAUAAAAAGGGCAAGUUUGGAGCACUGCUGCUCUUCGAGGCCAAGAGAUACAGUGCUACACAGGUUAAUAUCGAGACAUUGGAGAGGCAGGCAUUUACAGCUUCCAUUGCAUGGCUGAUAGAGAAUGUCGCCGAGGAAGCAUACUCCAUGACUGUCAUUGGAGCUACCGCUCGGCUAUGCUAUAUUGCGGCCGCUAGCAAUGAAGCUGAUGAGCUGUGGAAAGGCUUUGAGACCAUCCUUCGCUAUCCGCAAGGUCUUCCGGAGUCACAAGUUCAAAUACUUGCAAGCAACACGACCCCGCCACACCAACCAGCAGGACUUUCCGAGGGGGAGCGUAUUGAUUAUGGAACACAUUACGAUGCCCCUGGAGCUUCCGAUCAGAAGAUGUCCUACGAUGAAGCCGAUGUCCUGGGAGAUGUUGGCUAUGGAGAGUUAUCUGGCCAACAUGGUGCCACUGGAAGUGCUCAUUAUGAAGAGGGCUACCAUGAGCCCGACGAUACAAUGGGUGGUCCUAGCUAUGCCGAGAACUCCCCCAAGAGUCCAGGGCUUGAUGAUGAAUAUUCUUCUAUGAGUGCUCCUGCCAACGAUGGCGGCGAGCCUACAUCGGCUGCGUCUGCCCUCACCAAUGCCAUCCCAGAAUUUCCAAGCAACGCUCAGCACGUCGAAGUUAAGCUUCGAAUAGACGCAGGUGGUAGGCAUUUGUAUAGUUACAAGCACGGCGGCAGGAAACGCGAAACUGAAUGGCACAACUGGGAAAAGAGGACCACCUACUGGAAUGGAGCUCUCAAGGAAUGCUAUCUCGAUCCUCGACAGGGCGGCCAACAGUUUUGGACAUGGACGCUGCAUCCAGCGCAGGUUCCAACAGUUGACGAAAGAGCAAGAGGAAAAGGGAGAGCUUAA